GAAUAGUCUAUAGUCUGGACUAUAGAAUAGUCUAUAGUCUGGACUAUAGAAUAGUCUAUAGUCUGGACUAUAGAACAUUUCAUAAUAUCAACUUUAGAAUAUGUAAAUAGAGCAUUAUUCUUCGGUUUAGUUAGUCGCAGAUUUUAUUUUAAUUAUGUAUAGAUUAGAAGACCUUAAUAGUUUCACAUUUUGAAUACAGGGUAACCUUUAAAACGCGUACUAAAACCACGUAUGGUAGAAAACUAUAACCAAAUAUAUAUGUAUGUAUAUACAGACCACAAAAGACAAAUGCCGACUCUGGCUUCAGACAUCCAAUACGAUGAGAAGUAGUACAUACUCUCAUCUCAAAUCAUAAAUUUAUUGUUAAACUUAUGUAUGUAUGUGUGUGUGUGUGAAAUUUAAAGGGGAGUCUUAGUAGUAGACCUCCAAUUUAACAAAUGAGGAGAAACAUAAUUUAGUAGACGUGCAAAUUCUCAGCUGAUCGGUAACGGUGGUACGGUGUGAAUACAAAUAACGAUUUUUUCUGCAAUAAUACAAAUACAAAAUCAAAUAAAUGAUCGUAUAUUAAGUUAUUUCGUGUUCAGAACAGUUGUGCAGUUUAUUGCGAACGGUUGUAUUUUUAUCUGUGCUAUAAAUAAAUCGAUUUCUUGUGGGUAAAUCGUUACCAAAAAAUUAAAAAAACCAAAAAUAUAAACAAAGUGUAAAAAUACCUAUUCACUGGUGCUAAAAACCUUUCAAAAAACAUUUUCCUAAAAUAAAUAUAUAAUAAAAAAGAAAUAAUUCUAAAAAAUUUAAUAUCCAAAAAACUUAAAAAAGCAAAACAAUGAAUAAAGUUCUCUGUAAUCAGUGCAACAACGAAAUCACAACAACAUCAUAUGUGAAAUGUUAUAGUUGUAAUUCAAACUACCACUUCCUACCCUGCUCUUCAUUGUCCGAGUCAACGUAUGCUACAAUGUAUGGAGAGAGAAAAACUAAUUGGAAAUGCCAUGUUUGUAAACCGAGAAACAAAUCUCAAAAUAACCUGUAUCAAUCUGUUGUGUUUGAUGAGACUAGUCAACAAAAGAAAGCAAGAAAUGAUGAUGAUGAAGGAAACGAUAAUGCAAAAAAAUUUAAAGAGUCAUUAUCAUUAAGCUCUCUUAAUUCUAAUCUCUGCUCCGUAGAAUCAAAUGUUACUGAGCUGAGAGGUGAAUUGCAGGCCGGUAUGAUGGAACUAAAGAGCCAAAUGGAAAUUUUAGUAACAAAUUUUAACAAACAACACAUGCAAAUGAACGACAACAACAAAGAGACUCAAUUUGCUUUAUCUACAAUAACAAGCACCCUAUCAAGCCUUGUAACUCAAGUCUCUGAUCUCAACGAAAAAGACAAAACAAGAGAAAAACAAAUUACAACGAUGGAUACACGCAUGAACAAAUUCGAACAACAAUUAAUAGUCAAAAACAUUGAGAUUAAAAAUAUUUACAACAAUGACAUCUCUGCAUUCGAGGUUGUGAAAAAAAUCGCAAACUCCCGUAAUGUUGAGAUAAACAAAUUUGAUGUCGACAGAGCAUAUCGCCUUAAGAGACAAAAUGAUAAAAUAAUAGUGGAAUUCUCUUCACUUAACAAAAAAAUAGAAUUUAUGAGCAAAAUAGAGCGCCAUAGAGUAGACUCGCAAAUAAUAAACAGUAGUGGAGACAGAAAUAGCAAUGCCAAAUACAUAUAUAUUAACGAUCAACUAACAUUUAACUACCGCAGGCUACUAUGGAUAACGAAGACUAAAGCCCACGAAGCAAACUGGAAAUACGUCUGGGUCCGCAAUGGCAACAUAUUUGCUCGUAAAGCCGAGAACAGUCCCGCUGUUUCUAUUAAUAAUGCCGCCGAUAUUGAAUGUAUCACCUCCACAAUUUAAUUUUCUUUAUAUUAAUAAACUUUAUAUACAUACAUACAUGUUUCAAAAAACCAAAUAAUA